UUUAUGUGAGGUAGAUGUGUGAAUGAGAUGCUUCGAAGAAUCCCGAUUACACAAUGACUGCGGUGGACCCCUCAAAUAUGCCACCGUUUUCUGACAUGCAUGUCUCCACACUGCGGCGCAGCACCUUGUAUAUAUCAACGAUAAUGCAUCAACAGUGACGAUGUUACGCUUUUCUCGAAUCCAGGCUUCCUCGAGUCUUCUUGCGAAAUUUGAUGAGAUGUCACAGGAGGUGGCUCUUGUGACAGGUGGCUGUGGCCUGGUUGGCUUUCAUAUCGUCAAGGCUCUCCUGCAAGACCCUAAUUUCUCGUCGAUCCAUGUCGUUUCACGAAACCCAACCAAGAACUUGCUGACUGGUGUCCAAUACCAUGCGGGAAGCAUCUCAUGCGGGGAAGAUGUCAGGGCUCUCUUCUCGAACAUUCAGCCCACUGUCGUCUUUCACGUUGCUUCCCCUGCUUCCGAAGGUUCAUCAGCGGGAUUCAACUAUUUCUACGAUGCAAAUGUUGUCGGCAUCAAGUUACUCCUCGAGCACGCCAUGAAAUCACAAGCAACAAAGUUCUUUAUUUGCGCUCUUCGAAUAACACCAAUAUAUGGCGAGAGGGAUAACCAAAUGAUUCCGGGGCUCUAAAUUCCCUGCGAGUGGGCUUCAGUAAGAUCUGAUUUGCGAGUAACAUAAAACUGAUGGACGUCACUUCAGUCAAUAAUGUAACUGCAGCCCAUGUUCUCGCUUACCAGGGCCUGCAAAGAACGAUGCUGGAGACGGACGCUCCGAAAGUUGAUGGCGAGGCUUUCUUCAUCACGAAUGCCAAACCUUUACCAGCUUGGACAUUGUUUCGGAAAGUCUGGGCUGCAGUUGGUGAUAGAAGCACUGAGGGUGAAGUCUGGUGUGUGCCGGCAUGGUUCUCGGUGGGGCUCGGGACGGUGCUGGAGUGGUUGUUCUGGCUCUUCAGCUUCGGAACCAGAACCCCGCCAGAUUUCAGAAGUCAUACAUUACGAUGGAUCAACGAAGAACGAACCUUUUCCAUCGAUUUUGCGAGAGAAAGGCUAGGAUAUCAGCACAAGGAUGACAUUGACCAGUCGAGC